UGAGGGUGCUGUACAAAUUGUGGCUGCGAUGACGACGACUUGAACUUCCACGUGAACAAGCCUAGAGAUAAAGACUGAAGUUGCAAGUUGAGUGUAUGUGCUACUAGUACUGCUCCCAUCCAACUAUCACCCAGCCAUCCACCAACUGAAGCAGAGAUGUUUGAAUUCUUGCAGCAGAAUACCAUCCCCUACCAGUCCAUCAUCCUUGCCCUCUCUGGUGGCGUAUUCGCAUUCGAGCAGUAUCUCAAUAUCCGUCAACUGCCCCAUCUUAAGCUCAAAGUACCCCCACCUUCUAUUGCCCCUUAUCUCGUCGCUGCCGAUGGACCCAAGACUGAGGCCGACAAGAAGGACACCCCGAAAGGAGAGGAUGGGGCGCCCACCGAGAAGCCUUCGACGCAGGAGACGUUCAUGAAAUCGCAGGCGUAUGCACUCGACAAAGUCAAGUUUUCGAUGAUCGCCGGCGUCAUCGACCAAGUUGAAACCUGGGCACUACUCUCCCCAUUUGUGGCGGUAUACUUCGGAUCAGAUGGUGCCAAGCCGGCCAGUGGGAUCGCCAGUCUGUGGCAUCUGGCCAUCGACCUCUGCCAACGAUGGUCCCGUCUUGCCCCGGCUUUCCUCAACAUCGGCACCGGAGAGAUCGCUACCUCCCUGUUCUUCGUCAGUCUGCUCUCGCUCACCGGAAUGAUCACCUCCAUCCCUUCAAGCCUCUACAAGACCUUCGUCUUGGAAGAGAAACACGGCUUCAACAAACAGACCCUUGGCCUCUGGAUCACCGAUUACAUCAAGACUACCAUCUUAUCUGCCGUCUUCGGCUUGCCCCUCAUUGCGGCCUUUCUCUGGAUCGUUCGAUGGGCUGGCGAAGCCUUCGUACAAUAUGUAAUGAUGCUUGUGAUGGGUCUAGUCUUGUUCAUGUACGUUGGAUAUCCGUAUCUGAUUGCGCCGUUGUUCAAUAAGUUCCGACACUUGAGCGAGUUCCCGGAGUAUGAAGAAGUCAAGACCCGCACUGAGGCUUUGGCGAAACGGAUUAACUUCCCGCUUGGAAGACUCUGGGUCAUCGAUGGAUCCAAGAGAAGUGCUCAUUCUAAUGCGUUCUUCUUUGGCUUACCAGGGCUCACUAAACACAUCGUCCUUUAUGAUACACUGUUGAAGCAGAGUACAGCCGCAGAAGUUGAAGCCGUACUUGCCCAUGAGCUUGGCCACUGGAAGCUGAACCACACGGUCCUACUGCUGGGCUCGUCGCAGAUCCAGAUUGGCUUGAGUCUAUCGACGUUCCGGUUCUUCAUCUGGAAUGCGGCGCUAUUCUACUCCUUCGGGGUCCCGGCGCUGGCCGGAGGGGCGGACAAGUACCCGCUGAUCAUCGGCUUCAUCCUUGCCCAGAGCUUGUUCACCCCCUUGAACUCGCUCCUCUCCUUCACCUCCAACGCCCUCAGUCGCAAGCUCGAGUUCCAGGCCGACCAGUUCGCCGCCGACCUUGGUGGCGAUUACGCUAAAGACCUCAAAUGGGCGCUUGUCCGUAUCAGCGCUGAGAAUAAAGCUACUACCAGCUGUGAUUGGCUUUACUCUGCUUUCCAUCAUUCACAUCCUACCCUACCUGAAAGACUUGGCAGAUUAAGCACACUCACAAAUAAGAAGAAGUAACAGCUGUCAUGUGACUUAGCUCGAUUGAGCAAAUCAAUCCAACCAAAAAAUAGACAGCACUAUGUAGUGGCAAUCUAUACCCCGCAGCUCACCAAAUCGUAAAUUUUGUCGGCCUUUCUUACCCCCUUUUUUACUACUAUUUGGCCUGUUUUUUUUUCUCAUUUCCAUGUGUGUUAGUGCUUCCAUCCAUCAUAGAGCGGUUUGUUUCCACUUUACAUACUUCUGUUUCCCAUUAAAUUCUCCGCUUCAAAAAGAAAAAGAAAGAAACUUGUUUUUGUUGAUGAG